AUGUACAGAGAAAUCGCUGCGCUGCAGCCUCUGCAGGAGGUCAGCCUUUGUAGCAUGCAGACGUGGGAGAAUUUCGAGGGAGGCAUCUACUUUGAAGAUGGCACUUUGAUGCAAGGUGGACACAUGCCAAAAGCGACACGGAUUGACAUCCCGGAGUGCUACCGAGUGGUGAGUUGGCAAAUGCCCUCAUCAUCCCGCACCUACGCUUGCCAUGUGCUGGCACGGCCCAUCUUCAACUGUGAUCCUGGCAACUCUAGCAGCUGCCCCACGCCUCGUGCUUGUGCUUGGGCCAUCACCGGUGUGGAAGAGGAGGAAUUCUCAAGCAGCAAGGAGGGUGACCCGCUGGUAGCUCCCACAGCCCCAGAUUGUGGGACUUCGGGUCUUUGUGGAAUGGUCUUCAACUUCCGCUUUUUCAUGAACCACCUGGGGCGCAAUCCGGAAGCAAUGGACACCCUUCGUAGCGCGCUGGAGACUGCCUCUGCGCAACUCCCGGGCAAUCUUAACGGAGCAAGCCCAUUGGGUCAUGCUGGAAAGCCCAACAAGAUUUAG